AUGGAAAGUCUCAAGGGCCUCAAGGGUGUCACCCUGGCCCGGUUACUUUGCCUGGGGCUGGUUCUGGUCCUCCAGGCGGACUCUCUACACGCCUGGUUUUGGAAUGUACCAGAACCAGAGCAGACCCCCACCUCAGCUGCACCGGUGCCCGACAAUACCCUGGUAUGGUCGGAGAGCGUAGCCGGACCUGGAUCAGCACCGGACCAAGGAAAGGUGGAUGUGGGGAUCCAGGUGACGGGGUCGGAGAUCCUGGACCUGGCCCGUGGGCUACAGCAGAUCUUGGAAUCCGGAACUGGGAGUGGAUCUGGAACUGGAACUGGAACCAGAACCGGUAGUGGAUCCAGAACUGGAGCAGGCCAGAUGGGUAAUGACAGGGCGCAUGGGGCUGGACAGGGGGAGUCUGAUGUGGGGGUACCCCGAAAGUCCUCAGGAGGACAGGGACGGGGAGUGGGAAGGCAAGGGGGAGCGGGAGGGGAGUGGGAGGGUAAUGCGUUAAGGACUAGCUCUAUAGCAAACACAGACAGUGUAUUAUUAAAUUCAGGGAGUUCAGAGUUCGUGUUUAACCACCCCUCAGGUUUUGGGGCACACUUGCCGCCGCCCCGUGACAUCAUCAUUCCGCCCUGGAUGACCCCUGGCGGCGCGCCCCCCACCUGCCUGCCCCGCGACCCCGACUGGGGGUUCUGCUCUUCCGUAACCGUGGGCAACGGUAACGGCAAUGGCAAUGGAGGUUCCACCUUCGCCCUGCCCAACUUCCUGAACCACACCAGCCCGCAGGAAGUGGGCGCGUUCCUAGGUGACUGGUCGGUGGUUCUGAACUCGGGGUGCCACCGGGACCUGGAGCGGUUCCUCUGCCUGCUCCUGACGCCAACUUGCCCCCACGGUGGGGUGACGGAGGCGGGGGGGGCAGAGGGUUCAAAGGUCACCUGGGGGGGUCGAGUGUCAGAUCUGCCGUGCCGUAGCCUGUGCAUGACCUUGGGUGACGCGUGUUGGGGUGACCUCGCGGGGCGAGAGCUGCCCGUCACGUGCCACUCGCUACCUGAGGCUGAGGAGGGUGUGCCGUGCCAGUCAGCGUCCAAGUGUAGCUGUGCAGUGGACGUCCGUCUCGAGGAGAUAAUCGACAACCGCGAGGCGUCACAGGUAGACCUGAGCACGGAUCCCGACAUCAACCCGGCGUUCGUCUUCACGCGCAGGUCUUCCGUGUCCCGGCUGGCGAUGGGCCUGCUGGACGGGCCGUUCCCCCAGAGCUUCUCGCUCCUCUUCCGCAUCAUGCCCAUCAACGACACGGGCAACCUGCUGGUCAUCACCGACAAGGCCCAGCUGCGCAACCAGCUGGCCGUCAAGCUGGGCAUGGGGAAGACGGGCCGCCAGGUCGAGUUCUACUUCGCCGACGCCAAGAGCAAACGUUACACGCCCGUGGCCGAAUUCUCGUUGCCGCUGCAGAACAACGUAUGGACGCGCUUUGCCAUCUCAGUGAGCGGUAACAAGAUCACCUUCUUCCACAACUGUGACAAGGGGAGCUGGUUCUUCAAGUUCACCCGUAGUAGCCGCAGCACGCUGGUGGAGCCGGGAGCCGCCAUCAUGGUGGGCCAGGGAACGCCACAGGACCCCGACAAGUUUGAGGGUCAUAUGUCCCAGCUAACCAUCAGCGGUGACCCACAUGCUGCAGAGAAACAGUGCUGGACACCUGACGAUGAUGAUGACGACGAUACAUCUGGAAGUGGAAGUGGAGAUGGCAUGGGUACAGAUGAUGACAGUUCAACAACGUCGCCCAAGGAUAAGGACCCAGAUGUGCCAUUCCUGCCUCAGCCUCCAAUCUCUAGUGUUCCCUCCAAGGGUUCUCUGGACACUGCCAAUGAGGACAGAAAUCGUAAAGGAGAUCCAGGAGACAGUGAGGGUUCUGGGGACUUGGGUUCUGGGGAGGGUCCUGACCGCUAUGGCCCUGGAGAGAAGGGAACGAAGGGAGAGAAAGGUCUAAAGGGUAGUAAAGGUGUUGGCUCUCCUGGCGUGAAGGGCGAUCAGGGACCUCCAGGCCCGCCAGGCCCCCCCGGCCCUCAGGGUCCCCGAGUAGAAAUAGUGGACGCUGGGGACGGGAAGAAGAUAACCAGGGUGGAGGGCCCCCAGGGGCCGCCAGGACCACGCGGGCCCACAGGGCCAGCAGGGUCACCAGGACGGGACGGGCAACCAGGUGAAAAGGGAGACCAAGGCUCGGAGGGCCAGGUUGGUCCCCGCGGCUUCCCUGGAACCCCAGGAAGCACCGGCAUGAAAGGACUGAAGGGGGAGCGUGGGGAGGGUCUGCCUGGCCCAAGAGGACCCCCAGGACCCCCUGGACCUGCUGUGGAGAUGGUGGAUGUUCUGGAAGGUUCUGGAGGAAAGAUUCCUGUUCGUCCUGGAGCCCCAGGCCCCCCCGGGCCACCAGGCCCACCCGGACCUCCCGGAUUUGGGGGAGACGGCAGCGGAGCAGGAGCCACUGGGAAGCCUGGACGGCCGGGUGCUGCAGGGAGACCAGGAUUGCCAGGCCCACCUGGCCCAAGAGGAGAGAAGGGAGACUGUGGUCCUCUGGGUCAGCCUGGACCAGGAGGGGAGACUCCAGAUCAAUAUGGUUCCUCUUUUUUCUCCAAUUGGCUGCCUUUCCUGGCAUCCUCAGCAGAAACACAGGCUAAGCCAGGUGACCGUGGGGUGGCUGGGGCUCCAGGACUUCCAGGACCUAUGGGGCCCCAGGGUCCAGCUGGCCCCCAGGGACCACCUGGCCCUCCUGGGCAGGUCACCGUGGAGUAUAAUGGCACAGAGGUGACCGUGAUUCAAGGCCCUCCUGGACCUCCUGGCAUACCAGGACCAGAGGGACCACAAGGCAUGCCAGGACUGCCGGGCAGGGCUGGGUUUCCGGGUCUCGCCGGUCAAAAGGGCAGUGAGGGGCCUCGUGGACAGGAUGGCUUCCCAGGAAUGGACGGCUUCCCCGGAAGACCGGGCGAUAAAGGCGAGAGAGGCUUCAGGGGAGAGAGGGGGGAACCAGGAAGAGAUGGGGGCCCACCAGGACCACCAGGGCCCCCAGGAGCCCCGGGACAGAUCAUCUUCCAGAACGGAGACCAAACGGGUGCUCUUGGAAUCCCAGGCUCACCGGGGCAGCCUGGUAUUCCUGGUCGAGCAGGAUUCCCGGGCCCAAUGGGACCUAAAGGUGACCGCGGAGAGAGAGGACAGCCGGGGGAGCCUGCUAAGGGCCAGAAAGGUGAGCCUGGUGUGAUCCUGGCAGCGGAUGGCAGCCCUCUGUACCUGGGCGUAACUGGACAGGCCGGUGAGCCAGGACCCAUGGGCCCUGUAGGACCUCACGGCUCACCUGGAUAUCCAGGAGAGAAGGGAGAGAUGGGGAUGCCAGGAAGGCCGGGGCGUCCGGGUAUGAAUGGGCUGAAGGGAGAGAAGGGAGACUCAGGUGGUGGAAGCUACGGAGGAGGAUAUGGCGGAGGCUCAUACGGAGGAGGAUUCCCGGGUCUACCCGGACCGCCCGGACCCCCAGGCCCACCUGGACCCGCUGGAGCUGUGCUCCCAUUAGACGGCUUCUCUCAGCAUGGAGAUCCAUCCAGGUAUUUGCCAGCUCUGAAAGGAGACAAGGGAGAUAGAGGAGCGCCUGGCAUCCCUGGCAUCUCAGGUGGCCCAGGAUUUGACUUCAAUGCUUUCAGGAAUGAGCUGAGAGGCGAGCGUGGGGACACUGGCAUGAAGGGGGAGAAGGGAGAGCCAGGUGGUGGUGGCGGCGGCGGGUAUUACGACCCCCGAUACGGAGGCAUCGCUGGGCCACCAGGCCCACCUGGACCCCAGGGUCCGAGGGGCGAGUCCGUUAGGGGUUCUCCAGGCCAAGUGGGUCCUCCAGGCCAGCCGGGAUACGGACGCCCAGGACCCCCCGGGCCACCCGGACCCCCAGGGCCUGGACUACCAGGGGCCCGACCCUCACACACUGCCACCUACCCAGGCCCUCCAGGUCCACCAGGCCCUCCCGGGUCUCCAGGCACUGGGGUGAUGGUGUUGAGGAGCUACGACAACAUGGUGUCCGCCUCCAGACGGCAGCCGGAGGGGACGAUGGUCUACAUCCUGGACAACACAGACCUGUACAUCAGAGUACGCCAGGGAUGCCGGAAAGUCUUGCUUGGUGACUAUACCCCCUUCCCAACAGACGAGAACCAGGUAGCAGCUGCAGAGGGCGACUCUAGGUCGUCUCUCUCCGAGGCGAGCUCUCACUAUCACCCGGAGACAGGGAGCCAGUACCCCGUCCAGCCGGAGCCAGACAGCCAGCCCACCCGCCAUGGAGAGAGUCCCCUGUACCCACCCUACCAGCCCAUCAACCCCGCCUACCCUCCCCAGCCCGGCGACCCCCGCCAGCCUGUGUACCCUCCCCACCCCGACGACCCCCGCCAGCCCCAGUAUCCCCCUCAUACCGGUGGGGACCCCCGUCAGCCGGGAGAUCCGCACCACACUGGUGAUCCACGCCAAACGGGGUACCCACCUCACACUGGAGACACACGUCAACCUGAGGACCCACGUCAGUCGGGGCAUGCCCCAUCUCAACCAAGCGACCCUCGCCAGCCGUCCACCUACCCGCACCAGCCCCCUCGAGACCCCUACCGCUACCCAGGCUACCCGUCUCAGCCUUCAGGCCACCCUCAGCAGCCGGCCCAGCCCAACCCGCCCCACGUUGAUCCACGUUACGCUGGGGUGUACCCACACCAGCCCCAUCAGCCCACGGAUCCCCGGUACCCCACUAACGGGGACCCCCGGUACCCCACGAAUGGGCGCUACCCCAACGGCCGCUAUCCCACCAACGGCCGUACCCGACCAGGGGAGCCUCAGCAGCCAGCGGUCCCGCAACAUGAACACAGGGCCGGACUAUCGCUGCACCUGAUCGCCCUGAACCACCCCCAGGAGGGAAACAUGAGAGGCAUCCGCGGGGCCGAUCACGAGUGCUUCACGCAGGCCCAGGCCAUCGGCAUGAAGGGCACCUUCCGAGCCUUCCUGUCGUCGCGGCUACAGGACCUCUACACCAUCGUGCGCCGGUCCGACCGCGAGAGAGUGCCCAUCGUCAACCUCAAGGACGAGGAGCUCUUCAGUAACUGGGAGGCCAUCUUCAGUGACUCAAACGGCCGGAUGAGUGCCAACGCCACCAUCUACUCAUUCGAUGGCAGAGACGUGAUGACACACGAGGCCUGGCCAGAGAAGAUGGUGUGGCACGGCUCGAGCCCGCGCGGGCAGCGUGUGACGGACAGCUACUGCGAGACGUGGCGCGAGGCCAACCCCGCCCUCACCGGCAUGGCCGCCUCAAUCCAAGAUGGCCGCCUGCUGCAGCAGAGCCAGCGCAGCUGCAAGAACUCCUACGUGCUGCUCUGCAUCGAGAACAGCCUCGCCAGCAGCAAGUAGAGGAAACCUGGAGAGGGUAGUCAGGCCACACACCACAAAACACCACUCACUGACACUACUACCCACCACCUUCCCAUCAAUCCCCACCUAUCCCUAUAUAUACUCUUCUUACAGCCACACUUACCCAGUAACCGAUUGGCCAAUUAAACCGGGAAAUCCAUGGCCUGGAAUUUCCAUGGUGCCUUGUGUGCUCGUUCCGAGCAGAAGGAUAUUUCACUUGUGAUAUAGUCUGGCAAUAGUCAGGUUAUAUAGUAUGUCCAUGCAGUAGUAGAAUAUACAGUCAUUGCAACUACCCACAUCCCACUGCUCUCCUUCCCUUCUCUACCCUACACCCCGUCCCCCUCCCCCUCCCCAACUACUCCUCACAGCAGAGUUGGUCUGGCCCAGAGCUCUGUGGUGAAAAAUGACAACAUUGCAUAAGAGUAGGUUACAUGUUACAACAAAGUAUUAACGAUUGGGUAAUAUCACAUGAACAUCUCAGAGAAUUGUAUAUGAAUCGUGGCAUUCCAGAGCCUCUGUACGAAUCAGUUGGAGAAGACCAAGUGAGGCCAGAUCGGCUCUGCUGUGUGUGACUUCCUUGUUCCUUAUGGUGCUGAAAGCUGACUCCUCCACUGGCCUGUGUGAAAAUGGGGCCAAGCACUGGGAGAUAUACACCAGUAGUGUGUGUCAAACUGAUUUUAACUUUAUUUUUAUUUGUUUUAAAUUUGUUAUUAUUAAGUACAAGUGCCUUCACAUUCUGUCUGGUUUUGACUGGACCCAUAGCCAUAGUCCUCAUCCUGGCACAUUUGUAAAGCUUUGUUGAUGUCUCUUUUCUUUUAGCAUUUACAGUUUAAAAAUGUAUAAUGUAAGGUUUCACAAUUUAAAGGGGUUUGUUUUUUUUACAUUUAAGGUCUUUAGGCUAAAGUGUAAGGUUUUUUGUUGUGUGUUGAGAUGUUUGGAGUGUUCUGGAAGUGAGUCAUUCAAAUGGCCUUAAAGCAACACCUGAGCAUUUCUGGAAAUAAGCUGUUUUUUACGCUUCCUAUUGAGUUAAAUUAUUGAGUUUUAUCUGUCUCCUGUUCUUUCAACCGUUUUCUGAGCCGAGCAAAGCAAUUUCUACCUCCAAGCUGACAUACAAUUGAAUUGUAUGGGACCAACUAACAGCUGCUGACAUGAGAUUCAGUGAUAGUUGCUAGCUUGGAACGGAAAGUACCAUCGCCAGAC